AUUCUGUAAUCUGUACUUUGUAUUUAAUAGUUAAUUUUCAUCAUCAUCAAUAAUUAUUAUAUACGUUAUUUUAUUAAUAAUAUUUUAAUACAUUUAUCUAGAUCAAUAUCAUUGAAUUUAAACAAAUACGUUUAUCGAGUUAAUUACAUUUAACAAAAAAAAUUAUUUAUUCUGCAUUUUAUUAAAACGUCAACACUAGAAAUUAGGACUGAUGUCUUCUGAUAGUAAAAGUGGAAUUCCCUCCAAUGAAAAAAUCAUAGAAGAACUCACUAAAGACUUAGAGAGUUCAGCCAUUAAAACUGAUAACAACUCUGUCGAUGAUGCAUCGCAUCACAAUGAUUCAGAUUUGGAGUCUGAAGCGAAUGUAAACGAAGAAGAUGAAGUCAAAGAUGAAGACUAUAUUGAUGAGACAGUACUAAAAGCAAGAGAUGAUAACUUACCAGAAGAAACACUACGAGAAUUAUUGCAAGAAGCUCUAAAAUUAAAAAAUGAAGGUAACAUUAAGUUUAAAAAUCAAGAGCUCGAAGAAGCUUGUAAAAUAUACACGGAUGCAUUGCGUACUUGUCCAUUAAUUUUUCCCAAUUACAGGGCUAUACUUUUUGCAAAUCGAGCUGCAGCUAAAUCUGACAUUAAUAUAGAGAGUGCUAUUCAAGAUUGUACUCAUGCUAUUGAGUUGGAUCCUGAUUAUUUAAGAGCAUACACUAGACGUUCUAAACUAUUUGAACGCAAUGACAAGCUCGAUGAAGCAUUAGAUGAUCUAAAAAAAGUCCUUGAAAUUGAUCCACGUUAUGGUGAAGUGGCAUAUGAUGCUAGAGUAUUACAAGAAAAAGUAAAUGAGCGUAAUGAAAAACUAAAAACUGAAAUGAUGGCCAAACUUAAAGAUUUGGGCAAUAUGGUACUAAAACCAUUCGGUUUAUCUACCCAAAACUUCCAAGUUAACCAAGAUCCAAAUACUGGUGGAUACUCAAUUAAUUUUAAACAAUAAUUUAAUUUAAUAUUUUGUUACAACUUAUCGACUCGCUUUAGUUUGUACAUACAAAUUUAAUUAUAAGUUAAUUAUAAAUAAAAACUAUUUGGUGAUAAAAACAUA